AUGGCCUUCCUACGCUCGAUCGGGGUCCACAAGCCUGCCGGCCUACAGUAUCUGGUGCACGAAUCCAUUCUCGGCCAUGAGAGCUCGGAGCGCGACUAUACCUGGCAGGCCUUCACCACCGCCGAGGCGACCGACAGCGACAGCCCCAUUGAUGAGCUGGUCACGACCGACUACCAUGUUGUUUGGUCGAGAGGAGGCGUCAUCCGCAAGGUCUUCAGCUUCGAGGUAGACAAGGAAAAGGUCAUCCAGGCACUGCUGACCUGGUUCCCCGUCGAAGAAGCCUCGCAUGCCGCUGCCGCCACCGCCGCCACCACCACCGAGGCGGCUGCUGGAGUCGCUGCAGAACAUCAUGGCCAGGACCUGUCCAAGAGCUUCCUGACCCAGGGCACCCAGCCCGCCACGGACCCGAAUGCCCCCGUCGACACCACCCCGCCCACCAUUGAGGUUCGGUCUCGUGCUCUCGUCGUCUUUCUGCGAUCGCAAGCACAUGUCUUCUUCCUGUCCGGCGCUACACACAUUGUGAACCUCCCCUUCGAGGUCGACAAGGCCUUUCCUGCUGCGCGUGGCUUGGUGGUUCAAAGAAAGCUCGCGUCUCCUCGGACCGCUGCUGCUUCAAGUCCUUCUAUUCCGUCUGCCCCGCCCAAUUCCUUCCUCACGGCAAAUCAGUCGUUCCUGUCGCAGAGCUUCUCCCAGAGCUUCUCCCCGACAUUGCAUCGUCAUGCCGGCUCAUUGGGCGGUUCGCGACCGGGCAAAUCACGCCUAUCCGGCCCAGCUACAUUCCUGGAUGAUAUGAUCAAUCCUGUGACGGCGCUGAAUCAAGAGACAAUUCCGAGGCUAUACUCUUUCACAGAUCCGCUCUCAGAACUAGGCUUGGUCGUUAAUGUCAUCGCAGGGGGCGAACGCGCUGGCUUGCUGACUACGAAUGGAUCCAGUCACAGGAAGUUGGAGGCCAUGGAUAAGGCCGAAGAGGUCGUGUAUGUUUCUCCACAGAAUGAGGUGCUUUUUGAUCGUAGUGGCAAUGACAAACCUCUGCUUCUGGUCAUCACGGCCAAUCCAGAGACGAAUGUAUUUACAAUCUGGUCUGCAGCCUACCUCGAGCCAAAAUCAAUAUCAACUUCUCGAAAACAGCACGCCCAUGUCCCAAUGAACAAGCAUCGGCGGCGCAGCUCCCAUGGUGCCACCGCGCCAGGUACUGGGGCAACCACCCCAGCCUCACGAGGAGCUGACAGAUUAAGAGAGAGUUUUGGUGGUGCUCCACGCAGCAAGACACAACCUCCUUCAUUGAAGCAGGCCACACAAUCACAGGAGCGCUUGUCAGACCAAGCAGUCGAGGAUGCGCUCGCUUCUCAAUUGAAUCCCGACUCCGACAUGGCACGACAGCCAAAGGAGUCGAGGCGUGUGAGCUCAUUACUUUCGAGAGCCGAACUCUCCACCAGUUUCGACAAGUCGGCUUUCCAGGACAUGGCCACGUCUCGCAACAGUCUUGGCGGUAGUUUUUCAACAAGCUUUGGGGCUAGCCAGCGAAGUCGACGGUCAAUGGGUCACGAUCGAACGAGCUUGGGCGGUGCGUUCUCACAUUCUCGUCACAGAGCAUCUACUCCUGGCAGUAUCACGUCCAGGAUGAGCUUGGGGGCUGCAUCCAUAGAUGAUCCCCUCGAAGACACAAUGGAUGAAGACACUUUCGACACGAUAGAAGAUCAUGACGAACUUGAUGAUUUGUUCGCACCGCCUGAUGGUACGGCAGAGCCAAGGCCUGGAGAUGGCCUUCACAAAGAGCUCGUCACAAGUGUGAUUGCGGAAAUACCAGUCACGCAAUAUCUACGCCAUGGGCUCUUCACAUUAAGCAAUCCGUCCAACCCAGAGGACCAACCCCAAUGUAAAAUUGUGGCUCUGAAUGCACCCUUCAACUCAGCCACACUCCAUGAGCGAAAGCUGUAUUUGUACAUUUCGCACUCUUCCCUGCAAGAGCCUCUAGAGAUUGAGCUUGCGGUUACGCGGAAACGACUAUCGCCGUCAGCAUCUGCGACUCAGUCCAAAUCAAGUAUCGUUGCUCCGCGAUACGCAUGUGUGCCUAGGUAUGUGGGGAUACGGCGACUUGAGGGCGCUCGAGAUCUGGUCAAACUUCGUGAUGGUUGUGUAGAACGGGUAGCCCUUCUUACCUCAACGGAACCUCACGAGCCCUGCCUGUCACUAACAGCAGGCUGGGGUAGUCACUUGCCCAUGAAAAUCAGUCUUGGUCCAAUCAGACUUUUCGAUCCAUAUGCGAUCUUACAGGACAAUCAGACCCGGGCCACUGCUGGUUCCAAGCGAACCAUUUUAGCGACUAAACCAUUGCGACAUGUCGUAUCCCUCGGGGCAAAAGGAAAGUUCGAAUUGAUCGAUGGAGAAUAUCGUAGGCAUCGCUUUGAAGUCCGCCUAUCUCCGGAAGAUAGGAUGGUCGCGGAGCUGUUCCGGGUGCUCUGCACAGUGCUCCCAAGCUAUACCGGCGACUUCCUCUUGGAGAUCUGGUGGAAUAUUCGCAAGCUGUUGUCAACAGAGAAUCAAGAAAGCCAAUCUCGAGACUGGUACGCUUUUGUUGCCACUGUCCUUUCACUGGCUGUGCCGUUUGUAGAUGAGAAGAUGGGGAAAUCAAGCAAUCGUACAAGGCGCAAUAAUCGAAGAAGCUCAGGCCGUCCGUCCAGUCAAGCCAAGCCAGAUGAGCUUAUCGACGACGAAGACUCGGCGUGGCAUUUGAUGUGUACUCGCCAGAAUUCUCAGUCUCAUAUGAAGAGCUGGCAAACAUCGCCGUGGGCGUGGGCGUUGCAUUCAAACCCAUCGACUUCAGCCAUGAGCCCACCUGCAAGGCGCUCAUCCUCGAAUCACCACAUGCCGGUCAUCGCACAGCAAAUCAAGUCGAAAGACGAGAUGCUCCUCACUUGCAUGGAGAUAGCUCGCCAGUAUGUUCGGUCGCCCAUUGGCAAAGCAACUAAUGAUUGCUGGCGGCGUCUUUCUCCAUCUGAGAAGCAAGAUCUCCGCAUCUCAUCGCUUUCUGAGAUUGUUGUUUGCUUGCAUCUUUUCCGCGAAGAACGAAAACUUGAUACGAUGUGUCACAAUUUCGCAGGUACACAAACCGGCAAUCUUGCUCCACUGCUGGCUCAGAUUGGACAUUGGCUUCGUUGGGACGCCUGGGACUGGCGCCAGGGCGGCUUCUUCGAUCUUGACGGUGGUUCGGCCAAUGAUUGGGCAUACGAGGAAUCCAAUUUCACGUCGAAGGUACGACUACAUUCCCAACCUUGGGAUACGCCUCCUUCGAUCAUGCUGUGGCUUGGUACCGUUGUCGGUCCUCGACGCUAUGCGCCCUUUCCCACUCUCGCAAUGCUCAUCCGCAAGUCGAAGGCAUCUCCACAUUCGUCGAUCAACAUCGACGAGAUCAUUGCUGGGGUGACGCCACGAACCAUUGCGUUACACACCUUCUUCCGCGAUAUAGACCCGAACUCAAGUCCUCAAAGGGUUGUUGAGCUGAUCAAGUCUUGCGACAUAACUCCAGACGUUCUGUCUACGCUACCAGAGGUUGCCAAAGCACCUCUUAUGGAAGCCAUAACACGAUGUCAAGCGAAUCCACCCACCACUUGGUCAAGCUCCUUACUGAGACUGAUAGAACGGGAAGAGCUUGACCUUAGUCACACUCCCAGCGGCGAAUUUCUACAUGACUGCCAUCUCAUUCUGACAGCUGGCAACUUGCAUCCUCUGGCCAUAACACGCGAUGUGCAUACCAUAUGUCAAAGUGCAGAUCGCCCGGAGCCUGUCCAGUCAACCGCCGAGGUUGAUCGUCACUAUAUCACGCGACUAAUAUUCCGCGAGGACAGACGUUUCAUGGAAGCCUACGCGCUCAUGGAACCCUUGAAGCAAACGGUCGCAGAAUACAGAGCUGAUAGCAGGGGUGACGAUGCAGCAAUGCUAGAAGGGCAAAAAGCACUCAUGCAAUGGGUCAUGGUCCGCACAUUCUCAUUGCCCAUCGGGAGUUCCAUGAUCAAGUUUAGUAGUAAGAAACCGCUGCUGACUGAGAAGUACCCCCUUUACGGCUUCUCGACAUCAUGCCUUAUGAAGCCUAUGGGGAAUGUCGUUACUGCCGAACGCCAUAGCUUUUCCGAAGAAAAGUACUUUUGGGCGUUUUUCAACGCAGGUGUGGCUGCUGGUCUGAGUAUCUCGCGUGAUGCUCAGGGCAUCGACACAUCCUGGAUCAUGUACAACAAGCCAUCGGAAUUGACGAAUAAGCACGCCGGUCUUCUGCUAGGACUUGGACUGAACGGCCAUUUGCGAACAAUCGCCAAGUGGCUGUCCUUUAAAUACCUGACACCAAAGCACACCAUGACUUCUGUCGGAUUGCUACUUGGCUUAUCAGCUUCCUUCAUGGGCACCAUGGACACUCUCGUCACUCGACUAUUAUCAGUACAUGUCACGAGGAUGUUGCCACAAGGGGCGGCGGAACUAAACCUGUCGCCCUAUACCCAAACAACAGGUCUCAUGGGUAUUGGCUUGCUCUACUACAAUACCCAGCAUCGUCGGAUGAGUGAAGUCAUGCUUUCGGAGAUUGAGCACGUUGAUGUUCCAGAUCCAUCUGAGCCUCCAGACACACUCCGAGAUGAAGCUUACAGGUUGGCUGCGGGCUUCGCUCUGGGCUUCAUCAACCUGGGCAAAGGCAAAGACCUUCGAGGUCUACAUGAUAUGCGCAUCGUCGAACGAUUGAUGAAAGUUGCAGUCGCCCCCAAACCGGUAGACAUUGUGCACAUACUCGAUCAAGCGACUGCUGGAGCCGUGAUAGCAGUCGCACUCAUCUUCAUGAAGACGCAUGAUCAGUCGGUUGCGCGUAAGAUUGACAUACCAGAUACCCUCCCCCAGUUCGACUAUGUUCGCCCAGACAUCUUCCUCCUCCGUAUCAUGGCCAAGCACAUCAUCAUGUGGGACGGCAUUGAAGCCAACGACACCUGGGUUAUCAACAGUCUUCCCGUUGAAUACCGCGUCUUCUAUGAUCUCAAACAAAUCGACAAGCUCCGGAGCGAACAGAUGCCAUUUUUCAACAUCGUCACCGGCCUCCUGUGGAGCGUCUCACUCAAGCACGCAGGGACCGGCGACAAGCAAGUCCGGGACUUCUUACUCAAGUACCUAGACCAGUUGAUACGCAUUAACAAGCUACCAGCUCUUCGCUGGGACUCGCGCCUCUGCCGAAACACUGUACGAAAUUGCCAAGAUCUCGUUGCUCUUGCAGCAGCCACCGUAAUGGCUGGUACAGGCGACCUCGACGUCUUCCGCCGGCUGCGUGGUUUGCACGGCAGAGUUGGUCCCGAAGCACCCUAUGGUUCCCAUCUAGCCGCACACAUGGCCUUUGGCGCGCUGUUCAUUGCAGGCGGUACGCAAACCUUCAGUCGCUCGAAUAAAGCCAUUGCAAGCCUGAUCUGUGCCUUCUACCCUAUCUUCCCCUCCGAUGUCCAGGACUCGAAAGCCCAUCUCCAAGCAUUCCGCUACUUCUGGGUCCUCGCUGCUGAGCCCAGAUGCCUGGUGGUCCGCGAUGUGGAUACGGGCCGUGCCAUCUCCAUGCCCAUUGUCGUCCAUCUCAAGGAUGGUAGUACCAGUAGUACCAGUAGCACAAACACGCACAGCAAAACCCUCGUCGCACCCUGUCUCCUCCCAGAACUACACCUCGUCAAACGCAUCGAGACAGCUGAUCAGACAUACUGGCCCACAACGCUCGACUUCGUCUACAACGCACUCCACCUCAAGUCCUUUGAGCGGAACCAGACUCUCUACGUGAGACGGAGAUCUGCACACGAUACCUACGCCACAGCCUUUAGUGCCACCCUCGUCGCGCUCAAUGAAGCUCAAUCCGUCCGAACAAGUCAAUUGCUGUUUCACUGGAUCUUCACGCUGCCGGCGCUCACGCCGUACAUCUCGCCCAGUGACAAGGGGGUUGUGCUGCCGGUGGACCAGCACAGUAGGAGUUGGUUGGAUCCGGGGGCGACGGUGGUGGAAAGCAGACUUGUGCUGGGCAGACUGUCGCACAGUUGGAAGGUGGAGGAGCUCAGGGAGUUGAGGGGCGUGUUUGAGUGGGCUGAGCGGGCGGGGCGGGCGGAUGGGAGAUUGAGGUGGCUGGGACGGGAGGUAGUGGAGCGGUUGAAGGCGGGGGUGUCGGAUAGGGGGAGGAGAGUCGCUGUGUAA